AGGAGGUGGUAAACCUCACCUCCAGGUUAAUGGAUUUAUUGGCGUUACAACCCAGAUUGCUUCUGUCAUGUGGCUUAGGAGGCAGAGGGAAUUGCUUUGUCCCCAUACCUUGUCUGUCACUUCUACUGCGUAUGUCAUUUCUUCAACCUCUCUUGGAUGAAGAGAUUUCAUGACAACUGGUUCCUCCCAAUGGCUCUCAAGGGACUCAAGGCCAAGAAGAGACUCCUGUGGCAGCUCCUCCUGACUGCAUUUGGCUUCUUAGGCCUGUACCUAUACAGGCUCGGUAGUCUCAGGUCCUUAGAAGUCUUCAUCCCCAUGGGCAUCUGCCCUAGGGCCACAAUGCCUCUGCUGAGGGACAACUUCACAGGUGUCCUGCGACACUGGGCCCGGCCUGAAGUCCUGACCUGUACCUCUUGGGCAGCACCGAUCAUUUGGGAUGGUACCUUCGACCCACAGGUAGCCGAGCAAGAGGCAAGACAGCAGAACCUCACCAUUGGACUGACUGUCUUUGCUGUAGGCAGGUACCUGGAGAAGUACCUGGAACACUUCCUGCACUCUGCAGAGCAGCACUUCAUGGUGGGUCAGAGCGUGGUGUACUACGUGUUCACUGACCGCCCGGAAGCGGUGCCCUACGUGACGCUGGGCCAGGGUCGCCUGCUGCGGGUGGAACGAGUGCAGCGAGAGAACCGCUGGCAGGAGGUGUCCAUGGCGCGCAUGCGCACGCUACACGAGGCGCUGGGAGGGCAGCUGGGGCAAGAGGCUGACUAUGUUUUCUGCCUGGACGUUGACCAGCACUUCACCAGUAACUUCGGGCCCGAGACACUGGCCGAUCUGGUGGCGCAGCUGCACGCCUGGCACUACCACUGGCCGCGGUGGCUGCUGCCCUAUGAGCGGGACAAGCGAUCCGCUGCUGCCCUGUUGUUUGGCGAGGGCGACUUCUACUACCACGCGGCCUUGUUCGGGGGCAGUGUGGCGGCACUGCGCAAGCUGACGGCUCACUGUGCGCUUGGCCAGCAGCUGGACCGUGAGCGUGGCAUCGAGGCGAUCUGGCACGACGAGAGCCACCUCAACAAGUUCUUCUGGCUGAACAAGCCCACCAAGGUGCUGUCGCCUGAGUUCUGCUGGGAUCUGCAAAUUGGCUGGAGGACAGAGAUCCACACCCCUCGCCUGCUCUGGGAGCCCAAGGAGUAUGCACUGGUGCGAAACUAGCGCGUUCCCCUGGCAGGCCAGGUGCGGCAGCAUCUUUCAAGACCAUGACGCCAGUUAGAGCUGGUUAUAGUGCCUCUGGAAGGGGGACUUUGGAACUCAGAGGUCUUGAAAAGAGGUGCCUGUUCCUGGGGCCAAGAGACCUUGUUACCAACAGCUGGCCGACUGGCGACUCCCUAUGCUCUAACCAGAUACAAAUUACGGAAAAGCGAGAGGAAGCUCUUCCCCCCAGAAUCUACUUUGGCAGCUCUUAUAUCCCAGGUGUUUGUCAGCAGCAGCCACAGCAAUAAGGAGGCAGAGGCGAGUGGCGCUUCCUAGUGUUAAACCUUUUACCUAGGACCGGGCGGCAGCAGUGCACUUUUAAUUCCAGUGGUGUGGGA